AUGGAGACUGCUCCUGUGACUAUACGAGACUGCCCUGACUUCGACGUCCGAGACACUGUGACAAUGCUUGAUGGAGACGAUGAAUUAAAAGAAUUUGACGCCAUGCAUCAGCUCUGCCUGUCCUAUGGACUGCCAGCACCAAAUGCCACCAACAGGAAAUUGCUGUCUGAACAGCUUCUCUUGCAUGCUGUUAUCGAGCGAACGAGGCAUCAAAUCAAUCAGUUCCAAAAAGGCUUAAAAGAGACGGGACUGUGGCCGCUUCUCAGUCGCAGAAGAGAUGUAAUCCCCAUCCUGUUUCCCAGGGAAUCCGAAGCACAAGUCACACCUCAGCUGAUCUUGGAUUGCAUCAUAUGGCCAUCGUGUAUAACUGUCAUCUUUGAGAGCUACAAAAUUGAAGAUGACGACGCGUCCGAUGUCAUGGAUGUACGCAGAGUAUCUGGCUACUUGAAAACAUUUAUUGAAAAGGCGUCUCCAGCUGAGCUAAAGAGCCUCAUAAAGUUCUGGAUAGGAUGGGAGGUGCCAGCCACAGAGAUGAAGGUGGAAAUAGUUGAGGCCACACUUCCCACAGCUUUAACAUGUUUUGAGAAGCUGAGGCUGCCGAUUAUACAGAGGCAUGGCACCUACCCACAAUGCAACUUGAUCGCUGAUAGUUCAGUCAGAGAUUUGAGCACGUUAUUCUAG